ACUUGUUUUUUGUUCUAGAAAUUUGUUCAUCAAAAACAAUGGCGACUUCAACCCUAAAUCCUAAUGCUCCAAUGUUUGUUCCCUUCGAGUAUCGUCAAGUGGAGGACUUCUCUGAUCACUGGUGGGAUCUCGUUCACUCUUCUCCUUGGUUCCGCCAUUACUGGCUUCGUGAAUGCUUCUCAGAUCCCGACGCUGACAACGAUUUCUCCCAUACCUACUGUUCUCUUCUUCCUGACACCGAUUUCAUCAAGAAAGAGGAGAAUAAGAAGGAAUUGAUUACUUUGGGGUUGUUGGAAUGGAACAAAUCACGAGUUACAGCUGAAAUUCCAAAGUACGGAAAGAAAGUGCCAAAAAUUGUGAACGUCAAAGUGAGCCCUAGGCAUAUUCAGCAGCCCAGAUAGAGCAAAUUACUAGUCCAAAGCAUUCGAGUCAGUUAGUAUCUAUCGUGUAAAUAGUGCGUUCAACUUUUUCUGUUCCCCUUUUAAUCGUCAAUAUCUUGUUUUAACUUUCCUUGAACCUUUUGAGGUUCAAUUUUAGCAUCAAAACUUGUUUUCUCUUGUAAAUUGCGUUUUCAAUAAAUGCCAGAACAGAAAAAUAUGCAUUAGAUCUAA